AUGAAACAGGGCGACGACGCGACGCAGCGAGGCGACUUGUCUAUAGCUCGCAGACCAGAACCUCAUUCUGACGAUGUGCUGGACAGAUUCGAGCUCUUCCUGCUGGACGACGGCCAGCAGAAGGUCGAGUACAAGGAAGAAACCCGUGUGCCCAAUACCGCGAUCUUCACGUUCAACAAGGAAGACCACACACUCGGCAACCUCCUCUCGCAGCGCCUCCUCAAGUACGAAUACAUUGUCUUCUCCGCCUACAAAAUCCCGCAUCCUCUCUUUGCGACCUUCGAGCUGCGCGUUCAGACCGACGGCACUAUCACACCGAAAGAGGCCAUCAUUCGGGCUUGCAAGGAUAUCGUCCAGGAUCUGCACGUGCUGAGCAGCAGCUUUCAGACUGAAUGGCUCGGCAAGAAGAUUGUCAGCGAGGGCGAGGCAGACAGGAUUGCGCGUGAGCGUGACGCUUUCUAG